UCAAGUAAAUGUUCCUAAUGAUAAUAUUUUUAAACAAAUAAUGAAUAAUACAAAUGAAAAUCUUGUGAAUCAUGAUCAUGUAUCGAAAUAUAUGUUGGAAUUGAUGAAAAAUGAAACCAAUUGGGACAAUCAUCAUCAAUAUCAUCAUCUUCAUCAUCAUCAAAACGAUAGUGGCACCAUCAACACCAUCAAUACAUCUAUUAGCAGUAUUAUAAACAUUAUUCGACCAUUGCCCGUGUUGAAUGUCACUGACGAUCAUUUUCAUCAUUUCAUCAAUAGUUUUUCCAAUCAUAGUGACAUUUUAACAAUCAAUAAUGAUGUCACUUUAAUAGAUAAUGAUAAUAAUAAUAACGAUGAUCAACAUUGGAUGACCAUCGAUAAUUUGAGCUCAACAUUUAAUUUUAAUGAAACAACAUCAACAUUAUCAAUCAAUGAUGUUACUACUGAUCCAUCAUCAUGGUGGAAUAUAUGGGCCAGUAAACCUUUUCCUAGUGGCUAUACACAAUUAUCGAUUGUAUUAUUGGCCUUUUUUUUGACCUGUAUCAUUAUAUUGGUAGUUGUUGGUAAUCUACUUGUUUGUAUUGCAAUUGCAACGGAAAAAGCAUUGAAACCAGUACAGAAUUGGUUCAUUGCAUCAUUGGCUGUAUCUGAUCUGCUUAUUGGAUUGAUUAUAAUGCCUUUCUCAUUGGCACGUGAAUUAAUGGGCUAUUGGAUGUUUGGCCAGGUUUGGUGUGAUAUACAUGCUGCACUUGAUGUUCUACUUUGUACAGCAAGUAUCAAUAGCCUAUUUUUGAUCAGUUUGGAUCGUUAUUGGAGUAUAACACAAGCAGUAAAAUAUCUAAAAAAACGUACACCAUCCAGAGCGGCAAUGAUGAUUGCAUUCGUAUGGAUAUUUUCAGCAUUCGUUUCAUUACCACCAUUGGUUGGUUGGAAAAAAGCCGAACAAUCCAGUGAAUAUCCACAAUGUAAUCUAAGCGAUGAUAUUGGUUAUGUAUUAUAUAGUUCUAUCGGUUCAUUCUAUUUUCCUGCCUUGAUGAUGGUUUUUGUUUAUGCUAAAAUAUUUAUCGCCGCUAGAAGUCGUGCCAGAAAACAUAUAGCUAAAAAACGAUUUAAAAUACCAACGACCAUAUCAACAACAACAACAACAGCAGCAGCAGCAGCAACAGCAGCGGCAAAUGAAACAAUGAAAGAAAAAUCAACAACAACAACAUUAUGUACAAGUUUUAGUAAUCCAAGUCCACCAGAUAAUAAUAAUAUUAACAACAAUGAACAUCAUCAUCAUCAUCAACAUCGUCAUAAACAUCAACAUGUUGAUAAUGAUGAUGACGACGAUGAUGAUGAUGAUGAUGAAGAUGAUGAUGAUCAAAAUAACAACAAAAACGAUGAUGAUGAUGAAGAAAUUGAUGAACAAAAAGCUGUAAAAAUGAAUUUGAUAUCUGAAUAUCAUUCACAAAUUAGAUUUGAACCAUCUACAAUAAACAACAACAACAACAACAAUAAUAAUAAAGAGAAUGAAUGGAAUGUUGGUGAUACUAGUGGUGGUGGUGGUGGUGGUGAUAGUGUUAAUAUAAUGAAAACAACAUUACCACCACAAAUUAUAAUUGAAACUUCAUCAUCAGAAUCUCGUAGGCAAUCAUGGAAUAUAAUAUCUACUAGUGAAAUAAUCACUACUAUAAACACUAGUAAUAAUAAUAAUAAUAAUCAAACAUCAUCAACAUCUCAUGGCGGAAACAACAACAACAACAAACAACAACAACAACAACAACAACGAAUUAAUGAAACUGAUAAUGAAUGUUGUGGUAGUGGUGGUGGUGGUGGUGGUGGUCGAAUAAAUCGAAAUUACAAUUUAAAUGAACAAAAGCAACCGAAAACAAAAAUGACUAAAACUUAUUUUUCAAAAGUUAAAACUUUUAAAUUAUCACGAAAAUCACCAACAACAUCAAAAAAGAUCAAUGGACUUAGUAAUAAAAAUAGCAUAUCGAAUAAAUCAAAUGGUGAUGGUACUAUUGAUGAUGAUUAUGAUUCAGAUACGGCUGCUGAUUCACCAACAACGACAACAAUAAAUAAUCAUAACCGUGAACAAAGCUGUGAAACAAAAAGUUUUCUUAGUGCACCAAAAUUAUUACGAUCACGAUUUGGUUCAACAUUAAGUAUUGCUGAUUAUGAAGAUUCUGAUACUAUUGAUGAUGAUCAACAUCAUCAUCAUCAUCAGAAUAACAGGAAAAAGAAUCGAGUUCAAUAUCAGGAUCAUGAUCAUCACCAUCAUCAUCAUCAUCAUCAUCAACCGAUCCAUUUACCUAGUGAUGCUGAACGUCAUAAAAGAAAAAUAGCUAAAGCUCGUGAAAGAAGAGCCACAUUGAUUGUUGGUUUAAUAAUGGCUGCAUUCAUUACCGCAUGGUUGCCUUUUUUUGUGCUUUAUGUUCUUGUAGCCUUAUGUCAAAAAUGUAAAGAAAAUAUUCCAGAAGGUGUAUUUGCCGUUGCAUUUUGGCUUGGUUAUGGUAAUUCAGCCGCAAAUCCCAUUAUUUAUACCAUCUUCAAUCGCGACUAUCGGAAAGCCUUUCGUAAAAUUCUUUUUAAACGUUGAAAAACAAAAAAAAAAAUUUUGUCAUCGUCGUCGUCAUCGUUGUUUGUGUGUUGUGUUCAUUUAUCGAUUCAUCAAUUUGAAUCAAUUUUUCAUCGGUGACGUGGUGGCGGUACACUCUACUUCUUCUUCUUCUUCUUCGGCGUAAAUCGAUGAAUUUUAUAAAAUUUGAAAAAAUAACGAAUUUUUAUUGUAUGGCAGAAUUUUUUUUCUUUUUUGAUUGUUGUCAAAACACGUGAAAACAAUUAACUUAAAAAGUCAACAUUCAGAAUGAAUGAAUGUUGACUUUUUUUCUAUUCGCUCCACAUACACAAAACACACAUACACACACACACACGUAAACACAAUGUAUUCACAUCAAGAUUGAUCAUUUUUUUUCUGGGCACAACUUGCGACAACAACAACAACAAAUGCAUUGAAUCGAAUGAAUG